UUGUUCCAGUAAAUGUGAAUCAAACAAUCAUCAUAACCCAAGAUCUCGAUAAAAAUGAAACAAGUGACGAGAGCAUCUUUAUUCAUUUCCCAACAAUGACGUCACGCCAAUUCUUCACCAUCCACUCCAAUUUCGGAGAGGUUGUUGGAGUCCUAUUCAAGUACAGUUCACAGAAAACUAGUUCUUCGAUCGCAGAAAGUCGAGCGGAGAUUUUGGAUUUGCUCAAAGCCAGCCUCUCGGACGACCAAGUCUUGGAUAGAAUAGUUUUUAGUCUAUUUUCAAACGUUUUGGGUGACAGAACUACUCCGACACAAACAAAAGCUGUUGAUGAACAUUCCAAAUCGUUCGAUUCAUCAUCAAAAUCACCUCUGCCAACAAAGCGCCUGAGCUUCUCUUCUGAAUCAGAGAUAAUGCUGAGAGCGAGUUUUAUGAAGCUGAAGAAGAAGUUGAAAGUGUUCCCGUGCAAACGGCACCAGUCACUGUACUUCCACAAUCGACUCUCCAUGAUUCAAAAGAGCAAGACUCAGGUUUAUCAAAUGUAACUAAUAAGGGAGUUGUGGCCGAUCAGAGAGAGAUAGAAAUUCAACCUACUCUGAUCUCAAGUGAGAAAGAAAUCACUCCCAUAACGCGGGACGUAACUUUGGAAAGACUGAAAGAUAUUGUUGAGAAUACCGUAGUGUUCAAAGAUACUAACCCUUCAUCAGCGAAGAAUAGCUUGGAAAGGAAUUAUAACACUGAAAAACUCAAGCUGAAUUCCGGAAAUAGAACGCAGAAUACGGCAGAUGAACAAGUCUUCAGAAACAAGGAUGCUGAAGCCCCUGUGGUACAGGUUCAAGUUACACACACAGCAGAUGUCCAAGCGAAUAUUGGAAGAGCAAUAGAUGCAACAGGAGAACUAGAGACAGAAGAAGAAGAGGAGGAGGCGGAGGAAAUUGAGGAGGAGGAAGAAGAAGUGGAGGAAGUAGAGGAAGAGAUCGGAGAAGAACCGAUAGAGGAGAGUGAGGUGGAAGAUGAAAAUUUGGAGGAAGCAGAGAAUGAUCAGAGCUCAAUAAAAGAGAAUCUCGUUGUUGAAAUUGAGAAACUUGAAAAUACGAAUAACAGAGAAGGAGAAACCAAUUAUAAAAAAGGGAGAGCCCCAUUGGAGAGGUUGCCAACCAAAACUUGGAUGACUCAACAACCACAAAUGAUCCUAUUUUGAAUAGAGAGAGACAAGCGAGACGUUACCUAGCUGAGGGAUUUGUUGAGACUUACGACCAAGCAGAGCUGGCAGUUCAGCUGAUGGAGUUGGAAUUCGAGCGGGAGCUGAGUCUGUCGACGGCCAAGGAAUGCAGCUCUCUUCCAGCUGCAUUGGCACUGCUCCAACAAGAGUGCCAACUCUGCGCUGAAAAAUAUACCAUGAAACAGAUGAUUUCCAUGCUCGAGUGUGAGCAUUUCUGCUGCUUAGGGUGCGCGACGCAUUACUUUACUCUGCAGAUAACAGAGCGCAACAUCAACGACUGCGUGUGCCCGUUCUGCAAGCAACCCAACCUGGACUCCUGUGACGGCGACCAGGCUCUCAACUACUUCAGCAACCUCGACAUCCAGCUCAAGGGCUUCCUCGAGCCCGCCGUUCAUGAGCUCUUCCAGAGGAAGCUCAGAGACCGCACUCUCAUGCAAGAUCCCAAUUUCAAAUGGUGUGCAAAGUGUUCUUCAGGCUUCAUAGCCAAUCCGAGACAGAGGAGAUUGGUUUGCCCUGAUUGCAGAUCAAUGACAUGUGCCAGUUGCAGGCGACCUUGGGAGAAACAGCAUGAAGGCGUAUCAUGUGCUGAUUACGCGGCAUGGCUGGAAAAAAAUGAUCCGGAAAACCAAAUCGAUCAGCAUCUGGCUGAGCAUGGUGUUACAUGUCCCAAAUGUAUGGCAAGGUACUCACUGUCUCGCGGCGGUUGUAUGCACCUGACUUGUCCGCACUGCAAGCACGAGUUCUGUUCGGGCUGCGCCAAUCCUUUCCUGAUGGGCACCAAGUGCACUGUCUCCGAGUACUGCGCCAAACUCGGACUACACGCGCACCACCCUCGCAACUGCCUCUUCUACCUGCGCGACAAAGAGCCACAGCUGCUUCAGAAGCUCCUCGACGACAACAAUGUGGAAUAUAAAAAGAUUUACCAGAAAAGAGGAACUCGAUGUACGAUGCAAUUGCAAAGAGAGACUCCCGAUGGAAUGAUUGACGUGACCUGCUCUCAGCCUGUCAUUUUCAGCGGUCUUUGCAGGACACAUUACAUUGAAUAUUUGGUGAAGCAAAUUGGUCAGCAGAAGUUGGAUCCGAUUGCAAUUCUCGAUCUGAAUGAGGCUCAACAGGAGCUGCGCAGGCGAGGCAAAGCGUUGCCGGAAAGGCCAAGUCAUCUGACCGACGAUGACUACCUCAAGCUCUGUGCAAAGAUUGUGAAAGAGGAGAUUCCGCUGGAAUGAAACUUACAGAACUUGAGAAAAAUUCGAGCUGAUAACAUAACAAUAGUAGCAGAGUCAACAGUUAACCGGUUUAUUAUUUGUAUUUCAUACAAGUGACAAGUUUAUCAAUAAAACCAAUGUUUUUUUACAAUAA